AUGGUAGCUUUGAUUGCUUGUUGGUGCAUUCCCACUCAUACCUUCAUAUGCAGAUGGGGGGAAUUCAUCAUCACCUUAGAAGAUGUAGCUUCUUUGUUGCACCUUCCAGUUACCGGUAAUUCCCCUGAAGAGCUUUCAGCGGAGGAGAAGGAGAUAUCUAAUGUAUUGGAGGCCAAGAUGCACGAAUUCAGUGAGUCGCUCAAAUCCUGGUGUGCUCAAUGGUUGUCACAUUGGUGGCCGAGAGAUAGAGUUCCUGAAGAACUGGUUGAUGGUACUUUAACAAUUGCUACUUUCUUAUGCUUGUGGCUCUCCAGGGAUAUUCUUGAAGAUUGUGGGCACUUGCUGAAGCCAUUUUUGAUUUGUUUCGCCAUAAAGAUGGAUAAAGGUGAGAAACUUCCCAUCAGUAGUCUAUUCUUGGGUUCAUUGUUUGCCAAUUUAGACUCUUUGGUUGUAGACUCCAGUAUCUCCAACGGAUUCAUGAAGGUCAAAACAUAUGUCAAUACCAUGUUCCUCCAAACCUUGAUGUGGGAGAAUCUUGAAAGCUACUCCCAAAUUCCUCGUAGCAUCUUGCAAGGACCCAAGGUCGAUACUCGUCAUGCUUUUCUUGAGAAAAAUAACGCCAGGAUCAUGUUUCCUGAUCUCUUCUCGCAAUUGCUCACUUUCAAUACCGCUGAGGAAAAUAUCACGCUGAAGACUGGUACUGAUUUGAAGGAUGGAGAGAGAUCUUUCAUAUUGAGUUGCACUCCUGGCCACCCAGUAUCAGUGAUGCAUGGAGAAUUCCGUGUAAAAGAAUAUAACAUUGAUAGGGCAUCUCGACAAAUGGGCGUCGACCAGUGUGUCCCAGGUCACCGAAUGAACAAACCAUCAAUUGAGUAUCUGAAGGCUAAUUUAGAUUGCAUUCGUGUGGUGGGAAAUGAGUAUUUAUUCAAAUGCUCUGAUCGUGCUAAUUUUAUGACUCCGGGUUACAUAGACUUCCGGCGUCAGCAACUUGAGUGUAUGCACAAGUUUACAACGGAUGUUAAGUCCCCAGUUCGAGAGUUCCUUUCCUCUGACAUGAUUUCUGAUCGACCCAGGCUGAGAUACCAUUCUAGUGGCGAAAAAAGGAAGACGUCUCCAAGUGCGACGCAGGAUGGCCGUGCUGUGAGACUUCGACUUGAUGUAAACUAUCCAAACCUUCAAGAAAGUCCUCAGGGAGGAGAAGUCAGGAGCAGGAUAUCUCAUAGGAUGAUCCCGAACAAUAUACGGUCCCCUGCCGCUUCUUUGGUACCAAAUACCGGAGUUGAGAAUAACGGAACCAAUGUUGAAGAAUCGAGAAAUAUGGCGAAUCAAAGCAGUAAUAUCACCAACUCUCCACCUUCAGGUUAUGAGAAUAUAAUUGUUGAAGCUGUGGAGGAAACUGAGACUCCAGUUGCUAUUGAAACCGAGCAAAGAACAAAAGAGACUGUCCCAGAAGAAGCUGCUACAAUGACAAUAGAGGAUGCUCCAGGAAUGCCUGAAUUGCCAAAUACCUCAGACAUCAAAAGCUUUGAGCCAAUUCUCAUGAAUUGGUGGUAUGGUCCUGCCAUCCAUGUUGAUUAG